AAGAGUGUCAGACAGUGCCGCAGUUGUGUCAAGAGUAUGCAGGGCACACACUCUUGUCUGGGAUACGUGCGGCGUGGCCUCGCAGUUUGGCGCCCAAGAUGCGUACUGCCCACACGAGCCCUCAGGAGUGCAUCUACCCAGAGCAAAUCUCACGACUCCUACGAUGGGUGGCCGGAGAGAUGCGACGUGCUGGUGGUGGGCGGCGGAGCUGUCGGGUCAUCGACAGCGUACCACCUGAAACAGCGAGCUGGAAGAGACCUUAAUGUGGUGGUGGUGGAGCGAGAUUCUACUUACAAGCGGGCUUCGACAGCGCUCUCCUUAGGUAACAUCCGUCAGCAGUUCAGUGUCCCGGAGAACGUGCAUCUGUCCAUGUACAGCGUGAGGUUUCUGCAGCGAGCAGCCGAAUUGUUGGCUGUUGAGGGUUAUGACCCCCCCGACCUUCAGUUUACCCCCAGAGGUUACCUCUUCCUCGCCCUCCAGGCCGGGGUAGACCAGAUGAUGGAGAACUACAAAAUGCAGACGGAGCUGGGCGCCGACGUGCAGUGUCUGUGGCCUAAGCAACUACAGAAGAAGUUUCCCUGGAUGCGGGUAGGCGAUGUGGCCGCCGCUGUACUAGGCGUCAACAAUGAAGGAUGGUUUGAUCCUUGGAGUCUUUUAACGGCGCUGAGGCGAAAAGCUUUGUCCCUGGGAGCCACUUAUGUGUCUGGCACAGUGACAGGUCUACACAACUACGAGCAACCUACUACUGACAACCUCCAUCACCCACCUGCCAGCACACUCACCACUGCCACGGUGAGGCUGGAAAGCGGGGAGACCCGAGAGAUGAGGUUUUCCUCUUUGGUGGUGGCAGCAGGAGCGUGGUCAGGUGCCCUGGGGAAUCUGGCAGGUUUGGGUGGUGGGCCGGGUGCUCUGGCCACAGCCAUACCUGUAGAGCCGAGAAAACGGUAUGUAUACUGUGUGCAUGUUCCGGAUGGCCCCUGGCAUGACUGCCCCAUAUUCAACGACUACACUGGGGUGUAUUUCCGGCCUGAAUUUAAUAGCAACCAACUCUACAUGUGUGGCAUGUCCCCUGCUGAGGAGGAUGAGCCACCUACAGAGGAUCUGGAAGUUGACCACCAGUUCUUUGAGACACAUAUUUGGCCUGUACUGGCUCAGAGGGUUCCUGCCUUUGAAAAUUUAAAGGUAUGCAGUGCCUAUGCUGGUUAUUAUGAUUACAACACAUUCGACCAGAACCUAAUUAUUGGCUUCCACCCAGUGUACAAGAACAUGUGCCUUGCUACUGGCCUCAGUGGCCAUGGUAUCCAGCAAUCUGUGGCAGUAGGUCGGGCUGUGACUGAGUGUAUUCUGGAUGGCAAGUGUCACUUCAUUAACUUGGAAAGGUUUGGCUUUCAAAGGAUUCUCACCAACCAACCUCUCAAGGAGAAGAUGGUUAUGUAGUGCUCCACACAAGAGUUUCUUGUGUGGAGCCCCUUUCAACUUGAACUAUUGUUACAGUUAUGACAUGACUUUUUGUAGUGAAUUUCCUGUACAAUCUUUUUUUUUCUGAUUGAAUGAUUAUAUUGGAGAAAUGUAUCAGUUAAGACAAUUGGUCUCACUAAGGCCUAAUGAUGGUCAUCCUCUGUGGGUCCAAUGUUAGUACAGGAGGAAAUUUUUGUACCUGGAAAAAACCUAACACAUUCAGAAUACUGAACAACACUUUCCUCAUAUCCAGCCAAAGUCAGUGGUGAAAGGCAAGUGCAAUACCUUCCCAAGACCUCAUUUGACUUUUGGAGUUGGGGCAUGAAGUAAUUAAUCAUGAAUCAGCACACUCCAGAAAGUUCCAAUGAAUCUGGUGCUUCUAUUGUUAACUAACUCAUCUCUUGUUUGCAUGGCAGGUCUAUAACCCUAUAAUAGUUUAGUACAUUAUUGUCAUUUAAUGUAACGAUACAUGUGAUUAAGCAGCUGUGCAUUUCAUACUGAUGUCAGUACUUAUAGGCAGGGUAUAAGAGAGCACGUUAUGCUGUCCAACAUUUGCCAGCUUUUAGAUAUAGUUCAUUACUUCUCAUUGUUAAGUGAAUGCCAUAAUAUAACCCACAUUUUUGUAUUGUAGCAUGUGCUAUACUGUGUGACCCACUUCUGGUUGGUCAUAUAAAGAAUUAUAAUAAACUAGA